UGCAUUUUUGUAUUUAAAACAAUAGGGACUCCGUAGUACGGAUGUAGUUGAUAUAGUUCUGGCAGUUACGGAUGAAAGCAGAAAGUAAAGCUGUUGCUUAAUACGGACGCUCCGACUCAAGUGUAUCUUUUACAGUCAGGUAUAUCACAGUAAAAGUUGGCGACGAGGAUGGGAUAAACUAAUGCUCGGAUGAUGGCACUCAUUGGAAGUAUAGGUGAAUUUGCUCCGAAAGCAGAAUCUUGGUCGGCCUACAUUGAACGGCUGGAACAGUUCUUUGUGGCGAAUGAGAUAAGCCAGGAGAAGCAGGUUGCAACACUCUUGAGCGUGAUGGGGGCAACAACCUAUGGUUUACUGAGGAACUUGGUACAACCAGAAAAGCCAAAGGAUAAGUCGUACAAAGAAAUUGUCGACACCUUAAAGAGUCAUUUUGAACCAAAGCCGUUACUGAUUGCCGAAAGAUUUCGUUUUAAUCAUUGCAAUCAAAGAGCCGAUGAAACAGUUACGGAAUAUGCAGCGGAGCUGAAACAGUGUGCUGUGAGUUGUGAGUUCGGGGCAACGCUGGAUGAAGCAUUGCGUGAUCGAUUCGUGAGUGGAAUCCGCAACGAAGCCUGCCAGCGACGGCUGUUGUCAGAAUCUAAUCUGACGUUUGCACGAGCGUUCGAAAUCGCAUUAAGCAUGGAGACAGCUGAGAAAGACACGCAGCAGUUGCGAGGGCAUGACUCGCACUCGAGUGUAAUACAUAAGGUGGAAGUGCGACCUUUCAGUCAACGAGAGAAAAAGUGCUAUAGAUGUCAUGGGAAAAAUCAUAGCGCUCAGGUAUGUCAUUUUAAGGAUGCAAGGUGCCAUAACUGCGGAAAAAUUGGGCACAUUAAGAGAGCAUGCAGAGGAAAGAUGGAAGUUGGAAAAAGGAAAUUGUAUGCAGAGAAGAAUACUAAAUAUGUGGAGGCAGAGGAAGCUGAAUUACCCAUGUUUUCACUACGGGCUGAGGAAAAUAGCAAAAAGUCAUUCACAGAGACGUUUGAUGUAAAUGGCAAGGAAAUUAUGAUGGAAAUUGAUACUGGCGCGGCCGUGAGUAUCAUAUCUGAGAAAGAAUUUAAGGCGGUAUUCCCAACUGAGCCACUAGAGGUCGCCAGAGUCAAGCUAAAAACUUAUACAGGUGAGCUUUUGCCUGUAUUAGGACAGUUUGAAGCAAAAGUGAGCUAUGAUGGGCAAACUGAAGUGCUAAGUUUGAUUGUGGUGAAAGGAGAGGGGCCUUCGUUGUGUGGCAGGAAUUGGCUGCAAAAACUCUCAUUGAAUUGGAGGAAAAUUAAGCAUGUCAGUCAAGUGCAACAAGUCACGUCUAUUGAAGAGGUGCUGGAGUCAUGCUCUGAGGUGUUUAAAGAGGAAUUGGGCACACUCAGAGGGCUUAAGGCAAAAAUACGAGUUAAUCCUGAAAUUUCUCCACGUUUUUGUAAAGCUCGUCCACUGCCUUUUUCAAUGAAAGCUCAAGUUGAUGCAGAAUUAGACCGGUUGGAGAAGGCUGGCAUAAUCACGCCUGUUAAAUACAGUGAAUGGGCAGCACCCAUUGUGCCAGUGGUAAAAAAAGACAAGACUCUAAGAUUGUGUGGAGACUACAAAUUAACUGUGAAUCAAGCAGUCACUACAGAAAUUUAUCCACUACCGCGGAUUGAGGAGUUGAUGGCUACACUGAGUGGAGGUACCAUAUUUUCCAAGAUUGACCUGGCUUCCGCGUAUCAGCAGGUCCUUCUUGAAGAUGAGUCCAAAGAGUUGCUAACCAUCAACACGCACCGAGGAUUAUUUGUCUAUAAUAGACUUCCUUUCGGUGUCAGUUCAGCGCCCUCUAUUUUUCAAAGAAUUAUGGAGAAUCUCAUGAGAGAUCUUGAUGUUAUUGUUUACCUUGAUGACCUAUUGGUCACUGGAAAAACAGAGCAGGAACACCUGCAGAGACUACAGGCGGUGCUGAAAAGACUCCAGGAGAACGGUUUGAGGGUAAAAAAAUCUAAAUGUGAAUUUGGAAAAAGCCAAAUUGAGUAUUUAGGAUUUGUGCUAAACAGCCAGGGCCUUCAUCCAUCCCCAGACAAAGUGGAUGCAGUCAAGAAUGCACCAGUACCUACCUGCGUGAAGGAGCUGAAAGCUUUUUUGGGGUUGGUCAAUUACUAUGGCCGUUUUUUGCCCAACCAGAGUACUAUGGCUGCCCCGCUCUACAGACUGCUGAGAGAUAACGUGCCAUGGGAAUGGAAACAGUCUGAGCAAGAAGCUUUUGAAAAAUGUAAAGAUUUGCUGACAAACGAAAAGGUUUUAAUUCACUAUGAUCCUGGUCUACCACUUACCUUAGCUUGUGAUUCUUCUGCCUAUGGGAUCGGCGCUGUGUUGCAACACACCAUGCCCACCGGAGAAGAACGUCCCAUUGCUUACGCCUCGCGGACACUGUCACCUGCUGAAAAAAAGUAUUCGCAGAUUGAAAAGGAGGGGUUGUCGUUGAUCUUUGGAAUAAAAAAAUUUCACCAGUACCUUUGGGGAAGAAAGUUCAAGAUGGUAACUGACCAUAAACCUUUGUUGACUUUGUUUGGAGAGCACAAAAGUCUACCCACCAUGGCAGCAGCCAGAAUUCAAAGGUGGGCAAUCAUUCUGUCCGCUUACGAUUACCACAUUGAGUACUGUCCCUCAGAGAAAAACAGUAAUGCAGAUGGCCUUUCACGUGUUCCCUUACCGGUGAUGACUGAUGGGGGCACAGCUGCCCUAUCAGAGCAUAUUCAUGCACUAAUAGCGGAGCACUUCGAACAAGCUCCUUUGAAGGCAGAACAUGUGUCUCGUGUAACACGCAGAGACAAGGUGUUAUCCAAGGUGCUUAAAUAUGUCAUGGAAGGUUGGCCAAUGAAUGUGGAUGAAAAUCUAAAGGCCUAUCACUUGCGGAGGUUAGAACUGUCGGCAGAGAGAGGAUGUGUACUUUGGGGCACCAGAGUUAUAAUUCCUGAAAAACUGAGAAAAAUUGUGCUGAAAGAGUUGCAUGUCGGCCAUCAAGGGAUGGUAAAGAUGAAGGCACUUGCCCGCAAGUAUGUGUGGUGGCCUAAAAUGGAUGCAGAACUGGAACAGGUUUGUAGAACCUGUGAGCCAUGUCAGAUGGAACAAAAGGCACCCCGCCAGGUUCCUUUACACCCCUGGGAAUUUCCUGGUCAGAGCUGGAAGAGAUUACACAUAGACUUUGCUGGUCCUUUCUUAGGACACACAUUUAUGAUUAUUGUGGAUGCAUAUUCAAAGUGGCUGGAGGUAUUUAGAAUGCCUAACCUUACUUCACAAUCCACCAUUUCAAGGCUGAGAAGGCUGUUUGCAGCAUACGGACUUCCGGAACACAUAGUCACAGACAAUGGAACACAAUUCACUUCGGAAGAGUUUAAAAAUUUUAUGCAGCAAAAUGGCAUUCUUCAUUCCACAAGUGCCCCAGGUCAUCCCGCUACCAAUGGCCUUGCAGAAAGGUAUGUGCAGACAUUUAAAGGGGGAAUAAAGAAACUUGCACACGUGACAAUGGACUUGGAGGAUAAGAUCUCACUGUUUUUAAUGCAGUAUCGCACUACUCCGAACUGCACUACAGGGCAAUCACCAGCCGAUCUUUUCCUUAACAGACAUGUGCGCACUCGGCUGGACUUUGUUCACCCAGAUGUCACUGUUGCUGUUCGCAGGAAACAGUACCUACAAAAGUUCCAUCAUGACAAAAGGUCUGUGGAGAGAUCAUUCUCUGAGAAGGAUGCGGUUUACCUUCGUAAUACCACAGGAAAAGGGAACAAAUGGGUUCCUGGAGUGAUAGUAAAGCAAACCGGUCCUGUGUCUUAUAACGUUCAGGGACAAGACACAGAUGGCACUUUCAGGAGACAUUGUGAUCAGUUAAAACCACAGGUUGUAGUGGAUGAUCCUGUUGAACAGAUGGACUGCUCUGAGACUGGGACUGAAACUUCCGUUAGACCCUGUGCAUCAGAAGAGGAGGAACCGGUCAUUUCAGAGACUUCUGAAAAGGACAGUGUAGGAAAUACAAGCAUGGCACAGGGUCUACGUCGCUCAUCUAGAAUUAGAAAGACACCAAAACGCUAUGACCCAUAAUGCUUAGGAAUUACAACUGUGCAAAUGCAACCAAGUUUAAAAUUUGCAAUGGUCUCGUAAUAUACUAGGUUUAGUAUUUUUUUUUUUCUCUCUGCUGUUGUGUUAAUGCAAGAAGAAUUUAACAGCUACUGUUAGUUUUGAUAGUAAUGUUGUUGCAUGUGCAGUUUUUUUUUUUUAUGUGAAGGUAACAGUAAAUGUACUGUGUUUAAAAAGGGGGGUAAUGUGAUAUAUUGAUGUUUGCAUUUUUGUAUUUAAAACAAUAGGGACUCCGUAGUACGGAUGUAGUUGAUAUAGUUCUGGCAGUUACGGAUGAAAGCAGAAAGUAAAGCUGUUGCUUAAUACGGACGCUCCGACUCAAGUGUAUCUUUUACAGUCAGGUAUAUCACACCAUGAAUCCAAAAUGUUCCCAUAUUGGCGAUGUUACAUUUAGUUUUCCAACAAGAUUCCUGGCUAAAUUUGAAACUGCUGAAUUGCGCCUAACUUUAUAUUCUAACAGAAAUGUAA